CCUUUCUCUCUCCUCCCCUCCUUAAAUAAAACCCACACAAACCCACCACAACCAAACCAAACCACUUCCAAUUCCACUCUACUCUACAAUACAACAACCCACUUCCACAAUGCCAUCCGACUCCUGCGACAACCGCCGCACCACCACCGGAUGUCCACCACCCGAUCAACCCGAACACCUCCCCUGCCCACGCUGCGACUCCACCAACACCAAAUUCUGCUACUACAACAACUACAACUUCUCCCAGCCCCGUCACUUCUGCAAGGCCUGCCGCCGCUACUGGACCCACGGCGGCACCCUCCGCGACAUCCCCAUCGGCGGCGGCAGCCGCAAAAACGCCAAACGUUCCCGUCUCACCACCACCACCACCACUUUCAACAACUCCAACACUUCCAUUCUUGAAUAUCGCCACAUGGCCCCACCCACCGCCACCCCGAUCUUGUUCCCGUUCGCCGGAGAACAAGGGUUGCAUUAUGGGAAACCUGUGAGUGUGUGCGAUAGUUUUACGUCGUUGUUGAAUGGUGCUAAUGGGCCUGGGUUGUUUGGGCUUGGAGUUGGUGGGCUUGAGGAUGGGGGUUUUGGGUUUGGAAGGGGGGUGUGGGGGUUUUCCGGUGUUGGAGAUGGUGGGAAUAUGUGGCAGUUGGAGGGUGGAGAUGGUGGUCAUGGUGGUGGGGAGUGUUUGAGUUUGCCGGAUCUUGCUAUUUCUACACCGGGAAUGAUAUGAAGAUGAUUUAGAAGUUAGAACUAAUUAGAAGUGAUAGUGUAGAAAUGUUAAUGUGGUCUGUUUGUAUUAGAUUACUUACUGUUUGUUUGUUUGUUUUAGUACGAGAAACAAAGAAGUUUUUAAGACUUGUGUCUUUUCUUAUUAUGUCAAUGGUCAAAGUUUAUUUUCGGUUUCAAAUUUAA